ACUCGCUACGAAUCCCGUAAUCGAAAUCUCUCUAGGAAUAUUUGUUUUCUCUCUGACGAAUAAGAAUCAAUCAAGGUUUUAGGGCUCAUAAUCAAAGGUGUUAAUGGCGUUGGCAAAGGCAAAAGAGAUUGUUUCUUCAAACCCAGUUGUAGUUUACAGCAAAUCUUACUGUCCAUUCUGCGUGCAAGUGAAAAAAUUGCUUUCAGAAUUGGGUGCGAGUUUUAAGGCCGUCGAACUCGACAAAGAAAGUGAUGGAAAUGAAACACAAUCUGCAUUAGCUCAGUGGACUGGACAGCGAACGGUCCCUAACGUGUUUAUUGGUGGAAACCAUAUCGGUGGUUGCGACUCGACAACAGGGUUGCACAAGGCAGGGAAGCUCGUGCCGUUGCUUACUGAAGCUGGAGCAAUUAACUCAAGCAGCUCCUCAUAGAAUAUCGAGUCUUAAGUAGCAAUAAUAAGCAUCCAGAUGAGCACAUGUCUGAUUUAUGCAUUCGGUUACCGUCCUAGAUUCUUAGAGAGUUUGUGAUACACACUUUGUUUUCUUGUCAAGAGAAAAUAAAAUUGAAUAACUAUUUUUCAUUAAAUUUGUGCUUGUGGAAUUUUUACAAUUGGUUUCACUUUGUAUUUCUUAAAAUCAAUGCAGGUUCCUCAAUUUAGAGUUUUGCUUAAA